AUGGCAAGGAAAUCUGGCUCGAAAUCUCAAAGCAGCAAGCAUGGAAAUGGCAAAGGCAAACCUCGAGGUCCAUCAUCAGAUUCACAAGCUUUGAAAACACGCAGUAUUGAGGAGGUUAUGGGGGUAGAGGCACUGGAUUUUGGGCUCGAAAAUGAAAUUUUCACGCCAAAAUCAGGUUUGCUGCAUCUUCAAACUCGAUCAGAAGUGAGGCAUUCUUUUAAUGAGUUUAUGGAGGUGAUUCAUGGCUCAGCAAAUCAGAUGAAACAAGGUACUACUCGAUCUAAUAUGGAAGUGGGUACGAUUUCAAUUCCUAUAUUGCAGCAAUUUGAUGAAGUUGCUGCUACUGAUAAUGCACCUAUUUUUGAUAAUAAUGUUGAAAUACCUAUGAAAUUGAAUCUAGAACAGAUUGUUUCUGAUAAUGUUGAUGUUAGUGAAAUUCAUAGUGAUGAGAGUAACCCUGUUGAAAUUGGUUUUGAUGAUAUUCAAGAGGAGAUUGAAUUUUGGAGUUCUGCUGUGGUGUGUUACAUUGUGGGGGCUAAUCCUCCUAUCAAUGUCAUGGAGGGAUUCAUUCGAAGGAUUUGGAAACAGUUGAAUGUUGAUAAGGUUGUCAUGGUGAGAAAUGGGGUUUUUCUGGUGAGAUUUCUUACUAUGGACUCGAGAGAUAAGGUGUUGAGAGGACACUAUUUCUUUGAUAGUAAGCCCCUUAUUCUGAAACCUUGGAACUCUGAUAUGAAUAUGGAUACACCAGAACUUCAAUCUGUGCCAAUUUGGGUGCAAUUGAAGCUAAACUUCAAGUAUUGGGGGGAAAAGGCUUUGUUUAAGAUUGUAGCACAGUUAGGCAAGCCACUAAGGAGGGAUCAGGCCACAAUCAGUAGAGAUAAACUUCAGUUUGCUAGAGUCAUGGUGGAUGUACCAUUGUCUCAAGAGUUGCCUGAUUUUAUUUCUUUCAGAGAUGAGAAUGGCAUUAUGGGUGAUCAUGUGGUUAGUCCUAUUGUGGAUCAAGAAGGUUUUCAAAGAUCUUUGAGACCAAUUAGAGUGAGAGUUGGUCUGGAAACUCCAGUUAGAACUUCUAAUACUUUUCAGAUAUUGGAGGCCUCUUUACUUGAUAAGGAGGAACUGGUAGGAGAACAGGCCCUAAACUCCAUUCAGAAACAGAAUGAGGUGAAUCACUUUAUUCAGAAGUAUGCAGUGGGGUUGGUGGGGCUCCUGGAACAUAAGGUAAAGCUCUCUAAUCUAGGGAAGCUUUAUCAGAAAGUUUUUGUAAAUUGGUGCUUUACUAGCAACUCUAACUAUCACUCUGGUGGCAGGAUAGUUGUAGCCUGGAAGGCUGGUUGCUUCACAGUUAACAUUGUUGCUGCAUCCAGUCAGUUUGUUCAUUGCCAUGUUACUCUUGUAAGUGGUAGGAAACCCUUUUAUUGCACCUUUGUUUAUGCUUUUAAUGAUGCUGGUAUGAGACAAGAUCUAUGGAGGGAUUUGUUGUUGCUUAACACUCAAGAACCCUGGAUUGUGUGUGGGGAUUUCAACUGUGUUAUGGCAUUAGAUGAGAGAAUUGGAGCUCCUGUCAGACAUAGAGAUAUUGUGGAUGUGAGCAACUAUAUGCAUGCUUGUGGUAUGGAGGACAUCAAGUGUGUGGGUAAUCUUUUCACCUGGAACAACAAGCAACAAGGUAACAGCAGAGUUUUUUCAAAAAUUGAUAGAUUUAUGGCUAAUCAAGCUUGGCAAACUUGCUUUCCUGUUGCUGAGGUAUGUUUUAUGCCAGAAGGACUUUUUGAUCACUCUCCUGGUCUUCUUUCUGUGUUUCCCAGAGAUGAUGGAGGGAAGAAACCAUUUAAGUAUUUUACUAUGUGGAAGUCCUCAAAUGUGUUUUCUGACAUUGUCCAGCAGGCUUGGAAUACUCAGUUUAUUGGCACUAAAAUGUUCAUUUUGAUUAAUAAACUGAAAAGAGUUAAACUGGCUCUUAAAGAAUUGAAUAAAGUAGGUUUUACAGAUAUUCAAGCAGCAGAUUUGAGAGCUUAUCAGACUAUGGUGAGUGCACAAACUGCAAUGCAUAAUAAUCCUUAUGAUCAAAGUUUUGCAGAUGCAGAGUUGAUUGCAAUUCAGGAGUAUAAGGAGAAACAUAAUGCUUAUUUGGCUUUCCUCAGUCAGAAAGCAAAAUUGUCUUGGCUUAAAGAUGGAGAUGAGAACACUUCUCUUUUUCAUCAGAGUAUCAAGACUAGAAAAGUUCAGAACCAAGUGUAUAGCAUUUAUGAUAUGCAAGGAGAAUGGAAAGAUACAGCUGAUGGGGUGUCCAACGCUUUUUUGGAUUAUUAUAAAAUGCUCCUAGGUAGUACUUCUGAUAACAGAACACCAGUUAACAAGGAGGUGGUGCAGCAGGGGCCAGUCUGUUUGGAUCAUCAUAAAGCUAUACUCAAUGCUCCUUAUACAACAGAUGAAGUUAAGAAGGCUCUUUUCUCUAUUCCAGGUAUUAAAGCUCCUGGUCCAGAUGGCUUUGGCUCUUAUUUUUACAAAGAUGCUUGGCAUAUUGUUGGGGAUGAAGUCAUUGCAGCCAUUCUUGAUAUGUUACAGCAAGGAAGAACCUUGAAGGAGGUGAACCACACUGUGAUUACUCUUAUCCCCAAGACUAAAUGUCCAAAGGAUGUGAGUGAGUUCAGGCCAAUUUCUUGCUGCAACACCAUUUAUAAGUGCAUAACAAAAGUUUUGUGUGGGAGAUUAAGACAAGUUCUUCCUGAUCUCAUCAUGGAAAAUCAAGGAGGUUUUGUUCAUGGGAGAUACAUAGUUCAUAAUAUUAUGGUUGUGCAAGAUUUAGUCAGGCAUUAUGGGAGGAAAGGGGUUAAGCCUAGCUGCCUUAUGAAGAUUGAUCUUCAAAAAGCCUAUGAUACUGUUGAUUGGCAGUUCUUACAGGAGAAGCUGGUUCUUUUGGACUUCCCAAAGCAGUUUGUUGAUAUGGUUAUGCAAUGUGUUACUACUCCCAUGUUUUCUUUGAUGCUGAAUGGUUCUAUGCAUGGGUUUUUUAAAUCCAAGAGAGGUUUGAGGCAAGGAGACCCUAUCUCUCCUCUGUUAUUUGUCAUUUGCAUGGAAUAUUUGUCUAGAAUUCUGAAUAGAGUGAGCUCUAUGCAUCAGUUCCAGUUUCAUCCAAGGUGCAAGGGGAUUGGUCUUACUCACUUAUGUUUUGCUGAUGAUCUGAUUAUCUGUAGCAAGGGAGAUUAUCAGUCUAUUUACUUGUUGCUUCAAGCUUUCAAGUUGUUUUCUGAUACUUCUGGCUUAAAGGCAAAUCAACAAAAGUCUUCUAUCUACUGUCAUGGCAUGCAUGAAUCUGAAAUUCAGAGGGUAGUAGAUGUUUCUGGUUUUUCUAGAAGUAUGUUGCCAUUCAAAUAUUUGGGGGUCCCUAUAUGUUCUAAGAUCUUUGUGACUCAGUGUGCUCAUUUGGUGGAUAAGAUGAUCACUAGGAUAAAAAUUUGGAGUUCUAGGAAUUUAUCCUAUACAGCAAGAAUGCAGCUUGUUAAUUCAGUUUUACUGAGUUUGCACAUGUAUUGGGCACAAAUUUAUGUGCUUCCAAAAGGUGUUCUUCAAGAUAUAGUGAAGAUCUGCAGAGCCUUCCUAUGGAGUGGCCAUGCUUUCAGUCAUAAACCAAGCAACAUAGCUUGGGAUAAAGUCUGUAGUGACAAGCACACUGGGGGGUUGGGGUUUAGAGAUGUUCAGAAGUGGAAUAUUGCCUUUAUGGGGAAAUAUGUUUGGGCUUUAGUCAAGAAGCAGGAUAAUGUGUGGAUUAGGUGGAUUAAUUCAGUCUACUUAAAGGAUGGGGAUUGGUGGGAGUAUCAGCCUGGUUCUACUGCUAGCUGGUACUGGAAGCAAGUGUGCAAUACAAAGGAGCAGCUCAAACAGUUCUUUACUUGUGCAGAUUUUGAGAACAUGCCUCAUUAUUCAGUGAAACAAGUGUAUGAGAAACUCCUAGGGGACAAGCCAAGGGUGCAUUGGGACAAAAUGGUUUGGAAUAGGCUGAAUGUUCCAAAACAUAGAUUCAUUUGCUGGUUGGCUGUUCAAUCAAAGCUCCAGACUACAGACAAACUAGCAAAGAUAGACAUUAGUCAAUCUGCUAGUUGCUUGAUUUGUGGCUUGGAUGAUGAGACUCAUCAGCAUCUCUUUUUUCAGUGCCAGUAUAGUAAGCAAAUUAUUAUAGCAGUACAUCAGUGGAUAGGUUUCUCUAUUCAUGGCGAUUUGGUUCAGUUAGUCAGGAAAGCUGGACAAAGUAAAGCUUCAAAGUUUAGGAAGCAGGUGUAUUUUGCAGCUGUUGGUGCUGCUGUCUAUCUGAUCUGGAGGUGUAGAAACACAAGUUUUUGGGAUAACUCCAUUCCCACUGUCAGUCAGAGUAUGAAGGAUUUGAAGCAAAUGGUCAAGAGCAGAAUUCAGGUUGUUCUGCCAAAGCAUGUAAGCAAGAGAGAUAGUGAAUGGUUCACAAAUUUGUAA